AUGGGCCCCUUCCGAGCGUGGCCCGCGGAAUGGGAUCCCUGGGUCAAGGCUGCGCUGGCGACAUCUCGCCAGCAACGUGCUUCGGCCAAGGCGGGCAAGCUCAAGUGGGAGCGAUCCAGCCGUGCUCGAGAGGCCGCAGCAAAAGCGGAUACCGACUGCUUUCCCGUGGAUGAGCGUGCUGAAGAGGAUCGCGGCGAUGCCAGGCGCGGUGCCACUGUGCCAGAGAACGCCCCGGCUGUUCUUGAUGCGUUGCCAGAUGCUGAGCCUGGCGCGGAGCUGCCCGGUCGAGCUGGACAUCGUCGCGGCGGGGCGCCUCAACUCUACGCGCGCAUGGAGGGCCGCGGCGCCGUCGGGGCGAGUUGGCCGAUCGACGCCCUGGGUUGCGUUCUCCCCGAGCUGCGCAAGAAGACCAGGGCCGUGGCCCUCGUCGGCAAGAGCGCCGUGGCAGCGGUGCCAGUGGCCGGCGCAGGGUUCGCGACGAUUGGGCCGGUCUUCCACGAGACCUCCCUCGGGGCGCCGGGGAAGACGGGCGCGGUCGACGACGCCGUCGCGAUAGACGGCCGCUGGCUGCGGGGGCCCCUCCUCGGGCUGAAGGCCGCCAGCCACCCCGACAGAACGCUCUUGAACUUCAGUAGCGAGCUGCGCCGCGAGGCGCUCGCAGCGAUGGCGGACGGCCCCGGGCCAGGUGGUGCGCGGGGGCCGCUGGACCACGACGACGUCGCUCACGAGGUGCGGAAAGGACACCUAGCUGCUUCGCGUGAUCAACCAGAUCUUUCCCUCGUGUUCAGCUUCGGAAGCGAGGUUCCCCAGAGUUUCAGGCGGGCGAUCCAGGGCGGAGUCGGGGGCCAGCGCGGCCAGCUUCUCAUGCCCGUGCUGCUGGAGUCAGGCGCGAAGCGCGAGGUGUCGAGGCCCCCCAGCACCCUGCUGGGCCAGGCCCACACGUUGCGCCCGAG